CCCCGCCGGAGGGCGACCCGGCGCUCCCGGUGAGGGCGAAAAACUACAAGUCCCGACGGGCAUUGGGGGGAGGCGGGGCCCUAGGCGCGGCGUCCUUGGCCGCACAGCGGGCGCUGUGCAUUCUGGAGCUUGUAGUCUUCCCGCCGGCGGCGCCGGUGCGUGGCUCCGGUUGCUAGGUGACGACGCCCAAACUGCACCCCGGCGCGAGCUCCCCCUGUCCCGGUGGUGGCAGAGGUCCCGGCUGAACAGAAGAAGUGAACUGGGGGACCCGCUGCGAUUCGCGAGACCCGCCGCACCCGCUGGCCCUGGCAUCUGCUGUGGCGGCGGGUGGAGGUGGGACGGAAGGUUUGGCGGCAGGAGCUCCUGUGAAGCCAGCACACAGAGUCCUGCCCUGGGAAGAUGGCCUACUACGGAAAAUGCAUUGAAACUGUGAUUGGGCAACUGGACAAAUUUAAGGCUAAGAAGGGCAGUGCUGAGCAGUUCCUGGAGGCCGCGUCCACCACCCUGCAGACCCUGAGCCCCCAGAAGCAGGCGUUCAUUCUGGAGGUGCUGUCUGGGUGCCUCGAGUACCAGAAGCUGCUGGCCGUGGUGGUGGACGCCUUCUACGUGCGGGCCGGCUGUCUCUGCCCACGGGCCGACUACAGCCUCUUUGAGGUGAUCUGCUACCUGGCCACGUUCCAGCUGGAGGAACUCGGCUUUCAGCUCUUCUGUGACGUCGUCAGGUCCCAGCCCGUGGACAAGAUGCGCAAGUUCCUGGGGUUCUUCUUCAACCCCUUAAACCUGUGCUCAUGGAUCACAGAUGAGUGGAGCCUCAUCUACGAGACAGCCUAUGUGCGAGAGAACUGGAUCGGCCCCCUGAUGAGAUGGCAGCCGGAAGUCCAGAAGCUGAUCAACCAGCUAGAGGAAGUGUUGGCCAAUCAGUCCGUUUCCAAGACCAAGGCCAAGGUCACAGAGCCCAAGGAGUUCAACCUGACUGUCCCCAGACCCCGCUCCAUUCCAGUGCCUGAGCCAGUCCCUGUCGUGGCCAAGUCCAAACCAGUCCCCAGGAGCACCUACCAGCCGCCCAAGGAGCAGCAGCUGCUGGAGACGACCAAGAGGCACAAUCGCUGGAAGGCGGAGGAGCUGCUGCUCAGGGCGAACAUGGAGGAGAUGCGGUGCGCGGUGCCCAGGUCCCGCGGGGAGCCCCCGACGCAGGACUCCCAGAAGACUCUGCAGCCCCGACUCCUGCCCCGAAUCCUUAAGACUCCAAAGCUGACCUUCUACAAGACCAACAACGUCCCUGUGAAGCUCAACACAGCUGCCAUCCUGCGGGAAGGAUCUCUAUACCAGCGGCAGGUGGAGAAAGAGCUGGAGAGGGUGGAUAAGCUUGUGGACGGGGCCGGGGACUUUUCCGAGUUCCUCGAGUGGCAGAGGAAGGUGCAGGCGGAGGGCCGGGAGGAGCAGCUGGCCGCGAGCGAGUGCCACAGGCUGCAGGGGAAACUCAGCCACGAGGAGGCCAUCCUGGCCCGGCAGCGCCUGGUGCAAGGGAACAAGGAGAAGGCUGACCAGAAGAAGGAGGAGACGGCAGAGCUGAUGCAGCAGUGUGCUGAGAGGCGCCUCCGGGAGGAAAGGUCCAUGAAGGAGCUGGUGCAGCGGGUGGCGGAGGUGCAGAAGAACGUGAAGGUGGCACAGACGAAGCUCCUGAGGGGCCGGCAGCAGAUAGUCCAGGAGGUGAUAGAGGAGAGCCGGGAGCUGCUGCAGCGCAGUGCAGAGGCCGCGGGGGAGGAGCAGCAGCGGCGCCGUGAGCUUAUCUCUCAGCUGCGAGCCCUGGAGACACAGCCGGUGCGCCAGGGCAAGCUCGUGGACCUGACCCAGAUCCCUGGGUACGGCCUGGAAGGGGAGAUGUCUGUGGUGGAGCUUCGCGAGCGGCUGGCCCUGCUCAAGGAGACCCGGAGGCGCGAGGAGGAAGAGAAGCGAGACCAGAUCAUCCAGGGCAAGCGCGCCAGAAGCCAGGAACUGCAGAACGUGCUGGAACAGAUCUCGCUGUGCCGCGCGGCCAUGGGGAGGUCUGCAGCCUUGAGGUGGGAGGAGAGGAAAGCUCGGUCCGCGGCCCCGGCGGCGCCCUCCCAGGACGAGCGCGUGCUCGAGCUGCAGCGCAAGGUCGAGGAGAAGGCGGCCGAGCGCCGCAGGCAGGCGGCCCUGCUGCGGGUACCGGCGCCGCGGGCCGCGCAUCGCAAGCCACGGGCGCAGCUGGAGGCGCAGCACUGGCUGGAGCUGGAGCAGAGCCGGGAGCGCCGGCUGCGGGCGCUGCAGCGGAGCGGCUCGGUCUGCGGGCACGCGCGCCGCCUGGAGGCCGCCUGAGCCCGGGAGGGCGCGCCCCCAGGAGCCCCGCGAAUCGCGCCCGAAUAAAGCGUGCGGCCGGCGGUGUGCGCCUCCUCUUCCUGCGCCGCGCGCCCCCUCCACUCCUUCUUCCUGCUCCGCGCCCUAAUCUGCCCCGGAGUCCACUUGCCCCAGAUCAGGGUUGCCAGAUAAAAUGCAAGACGCCCAGUUAUUGCGUAAGACAAACUCUCAAAGUAUCCGUUCUUUAUCUGCAAUUCAAAUUUAUCUGGGUGUCCUGUAUUUUCUGUGCUAAAUCUGACCACCCUUGCCUUAGAUUCUAGCCCUUCCCUAGCUCCCAGGGCAAGCCCCUCCCCUUUGUGGAGCUCCCAGAGCCACCUCUGCACGUGAAAACUUGGAAUUCCCACUCUGCCUGGAGUCCGGUGGUUUAACUUGUGUGGUUGCACGUGUGCAUUUGGUUGGAGAAGUGGCUGGAAUGCUUGAGCCACUGGGAAAUGGCCUGUGUCAUAAUUUGUCUCAAGCAAACCUGAUUGCUGCCCUGGGGGGAGGGGACCCACGGGGAUGCAGGAACUGUCCCCUACCUCCCAUUCUGCUGAUGAGGCCAGCAGUGCUCGAAGAGGUCAAGUAACCAGCCCCAAAAGCCUUGACCCACAGCUAAGUCUGUGUGACUUUAGAGCACCACCCAGCCUUCUCCAGCAUCACCAAGGGGACGUGAUUAGAGCCACUGACAUCCGCCCACACCAGGACACAUCCAUUCUCUUGGUUCCUCUGGAUCCAGUGCCAGACUGGAGAGGGCAUGGCCUUGAGGACAGGCUGGCCGAGUGACAGCCUGCUGGUGAAAUGCAGAAUCAUGAAAAAAGCACAAUGUGCUGAAGCUCCCAGG